AUGUGUUGCUCGAGGAAAUCUUCCUCCGCCUCCGCCACCUGCCCCUCCUCCCACCGCAUCAUCGCCGACCAUGCCUUCUUGCGCCGCUACCACGCCCUCCACCCACCACCUCUCAUCGGCAUUCUCGACAACCAGAAACACUUCAUCCCAGCACAGCCGCCGCACCCCUCCGCCCUCGCUGCCCGCGCCUUCACCGGCUUCGAUUUCUCUUGCUCCUCCUUCCUCCCCUCCACCGCCGGCCGUACCUGGAGUCCAAUUGACUUCUUUGACGGACGUGUCCUCCUAGCCGGCGUCCCAGUCAGAAAUUUUGUUGGCAGACACAUCCUCUUGGGCUCCAAAGUGGACGGCAAAAGUUUGGUCAGGAAGUUCGUCGUGUGCGACCCGGUGCACCGUCGGUAUAUCAUGCUGCCCGCCAUCCCCGUUGACCUGAACGCGCUGGUCCAUAAACAGGAACUCCUCGGUCAGGAGAUUUUCCUUGCUCCCGGUGAGGACAAGGAGGACCCUGUUAAACAUACAUAUGUCACGCUUGUAUUUUCUGAUGUAUGGGGACCGGCCCCUUCCUCUGUUGGUCGGCACACCUAUUACGCACCCAGGUCAAUAAGAAUGAAUCUGUUGCUUCUGGUCUUCUCCUCGUUGAAUGGACAAUGGCAUGUUCUUACUUCUGACCAAUGGGGUGCUUCGGCUACACUUGCUUCAUUUGUGAAGUCUGAUCCUGAGCUGUCCAGUCGUCAAUUCGUCCAUGGAUGCUUCUAUUGGCAUUUGCAAUUGCGGAACGAGUUACUUGUGCUUGACUUGCACGCAAUGGAGUUUUCUACUGUCAACCUCCAAUCUGAGUCACUAGGGAGUAAAAGUUUCCUCCUUGUCGAGGCAGAAAAAGGAAUGCUCGGGAUGCUCACUAUAGGUAACGGCUAUGAUAAGGACAUCAAAGAUCGCCGACAUUGGCUCGCGUAUUCUAUUCUGACAAAUAACCAAUGGCAUUUGGAGAAGGUCAUCCCGUUACCGGUAAAGGAUGUGCGUCUGGUUCGUGCAGCCGGGGGAUACCUGCUCAUGUACACGGUGCACUUAAAAUCUUCUCAAGGCCAGCUGGAGUUUCGAUACUUUUCGGUGGACCUUAAGACUUUCCAGGUCGAGUUGUUCACUGCAGUUUGCAAGCACUUUCCUGGACGACUGUACGCUGGUUUCCCAAAACCACCUGGACGACUGUAUUCUGGUUUCCCACCAUCACUAUGUGCGCCAACUAUAUGA